GCUUUGUUCACACUAGUCAUCAGCGUAACAUUUUACGUUUUAAAAAUUAUCCCCUGAAUAAAAGUACUUACUUCAUUAAAAUAACAAAUGAAUCCAAAUUUAUAAAUAAAAAAAAAUGUAUUAUUACAAAAUGAAAUUAUGCAAUUAAUAACUGUGCAUUAACAAACAUGAGUUUGUACGCUUAAUUCAUUGAUAAUUGAAUAAAACAUACUGAUUAUAAAAGGUACUAGAAUAAUUAAAGAGAAAAUAAGAAAUCCGUGGAAUAUUUUCACCAGCUCGCUGUAUGCGUAUAUGUGGUACAAUAUGAAAAAUAUGAAAUUAUAUCACUUGAAUUUUCAAUGUUUCAAUAAUAACAAAAACUGUGUUAUAACUACUAAUUAUAAAAAAGGCAUUUAUUUAAAUUUAAAUUUUAUUUUCCUCAUAUUUUUAAUUAGUUUUGAUUUAUUACCAAAUUCUCUUUUAUUACUGUGUUCUAAUUUGCCUAAAACAAAAACACCAUUGGAUAAUUUGAGUCAAUUUAAAAAAUGUUGUAAAGAUGGUUUAAUUGCUGCUCAUACUUUAGAUAUUCCAAUAUUAACUGGACAAACUAUUCAGCACAGUAAUGAAACGUGUUCAGAUAUUUUACAAUUAGGCACGUCUGUAAUUGAAAAUGACAAUGGAAAAACAUCCAUGUAUUCCAAUCACUUUUGGUGUCAACGUGUUCAACAUUAUUGUUGUCUAUCAGCUAGAAGAUUCAAAGCCUGUCAAAUUGGUUCAGAUCAUAUUGUCAAGCAUAAUUCAGAAAAUUGUUCAGUUGGUGAAUUUAUUCACCUUGUAGAUGUUAGAUUAACACCAGUUGCUAGGGAAUGUUGUCUUUGUCAAUUAAUAUGGAGUAAAAGUUCUAUGAAUAGCAACAGUUUACUAGAAAAUACUACCUAUGAAAGUAAUCAGAGUGCUUGUCCUCAAGGAAACUGUUGCAGUAUGCUUAGUCGAAAAUUACUGGAAGACGAUUCAAAUUCAUUAUUCAAGUCGUCUAUGAUCAUGUCUGAUGAUCCAGAUGUACACCAGAUAAUGAGAGAAUAUUUAACUACCACCGCUACUACUACUACUACUUCUGAAGAAAUGACGAGUACAACUCAUCAAGUGACAACAUCACCAACUAAAACAAAACUGAUACCAACUGAAGAUGAUGAUGAUGACUUUUCCUUUAAUCUUGUUGGUGGUAUAGAUCUGCCAGAUUCCUGGGUAGAUUCAGACCUUGAUAGUCCAGUUUUAAUCGACAAACCUGAAGAAUACGGUUCAGACAUGAGAGGCACUGGAUUGGUUUCUAGUACUGAGUCUUCUAAUGAUAAUGUUUCUCCUCCUACGACUAGUACUACUUCCAGUACUACUACUGCUGCUACAACAACAACUACAGCAACCACUACUACUACUGCUACGUCUACUGAAAAUACAAUAACCACCACUCCGUCUACAACUCCUACCUCUAACUCAGUAUAUGAAACUUUUGUAAAAGCAGAAAAAGUAUCUAAACAGUUAAAUACAAUACAAUGUCAAGAAAGUUUUGUUUGGGAUGAAGAACAACAACUGUGCGUUCGAUUUGUAAUUUCAUGUCCAGUUGGAAUGUAUCUUAGUAAAGAAACAAGAAAGUGCAUUCCAAUGUCACCGGAUAGAUCAGACUGUCCACCAGGUUACAAGUUAUCUAGUACAAGAGAUGAAUGUGAAGAUAUCAAUGAAUGUAUUGAGGGUCUGGGUUCAGGUAAACUACCAUGUCAAGGUGAAGGAAUAAAAUGUGAAAAUCUGCCUGGUUCUUACAAUUGCUCAUGUAAUGCUGGAUUUUCUAUGGCAGCAGAUGGAACCUGCGUGGACAUUAAUGAAUGCACAUCAAUGUAUAGUCCUUGUCUUGUUGGCCAACAAUGUCGAAAUUUAAUUGGUUCAUAUCAAUGCUUACGUGAAGUUCCAUGCGGUUAUGGUUAUGUCUUAAAUCCAAGAACCCAACAGUGUGAAGAUGUUGAUGAGUGUAAAAUCGAUCCAUUUAUAUGUGGUAAAGGUAUGCUUUGCAUCAAUGUUCGUGGAGGUCAUAAAUGUGUUGAUCACCAUUGUCCUGGAAAUGCCAAACGUAAUAAAAUUGGUGAUUGCGUUCCAUGUCCUUCAGGCUAUGUGUACAAUGUCUCAAGUGGAUUGUGUGACGAUAUUAAUGAAUGUCUACAACCAAAUAAAUGUAGAUCAUGGGAGAAGUGUGUAAAUGAACGUGGUUUCUUCCUAUGCGAAGCAAAAAUUAACUGUGCUCAUGGUACACGAAUCAAUGAAGCUGGUACCGAAUGCAUAGAUAUUGAUGAAUGUUUGGAGAAAAGUUAUCAUUGUGACGAUGGAAAAGUAUGUGUCAACACUAUGGGCUCAUAUUACUGCACAGAAUCGAAUUGUACUGCAAGCCAAAUAUAUGAUUAUCAUGAAAGGAAAUGUACUUGUGAAAAAGGAUAUCGAGUUCAAGGCAAUGAAUGUGUCGAUAUUGAUGAAUGUCAUGAAAAUAUACACAAUUGUACUGAAGACAGUACAUGUAUGAAUCAUAUUGGUGGAUAUCGUUGUGUACGUGUAGAAGAAUGUCCAUCAGGUUUUAAGCGAAAAUAUCCGCUUUCUAGAUGUGAAGAUAUUAACGAAUGUGAAUUAAAUUCAGGAAACUGUGGAGCGCAUGCAUUCUGUAAAAAUACUAUUGGUUCAUAUCAGUGUAUAUGCAAGCAUGGUUAUAAAAAUAUCAAUGAAACCGACUGUGUAGAUGUUGAUGAAUGCGCAAUAUUUACACCGGCUGAAUCAUGUCCUGAUUCAAGAGCACGUUGUGUUAAUACUCAAGGCAGUUAUAUAUGCGUAUGUCCAGAAGGUUUUGUAUGGAUUGGUUAUCCAGACUUGAAAUGUAAAGAUAUUGACGAGUGUAUAGAAACGCCAAAUAUUUGCGGAAAAGAGCAUCGAUGUGUCAAUAUGAUUGGGAGUUAUCGAUGUGAAUGUGCUUCUGGAUAUAAAAAUGGGGAAAAUGAAAAAGUCUGUGUCGAUAUUGAUGAAUGCAAUGUGAACCUAUACAGUACGAGUAUUAAUACGAACAAUAAUAAUAAUAAUAACAAUAAUCUUAUGUCACCUUGUCCAUUUUCCUUGUGUAUCAAUCAACCUGGCAGUUUUAAAUGUCAAUGUCCAGAUGGAUUCCGAUUAGGCAGAGGAAAUCGAUGUUAUGAUAUUGAUGAAUGUCAUGAAUUGGAAAAUGUUUGUAAAUCUAACAAUCCACACGCACCAAGUCAAGCCUGCAUAAAUCUUAUGGGUAGUUAUCGAUGUGUAUCGGAUGAAACCCCACCCAAUUAUAUAAAACGUCGGUUGGGCAAUGGAUUUAGAUAUGAACUUAAAGAAGGCAUGAAAUGUCCAAAUAAUAGUGGUGAACGAUGUCUUCUACGUAUGGAUGAUCUAUUCAUUGAACUGGAUCAGGAUACAAGUGUACCACAGAUACUGGCACGUAUAGACACAAAAGGUUUGCCAACAGGUGUGGUACGCAUUGACUUGAGUAAACAUUAUGCCUAUCAAGCGUAUAGCGGGAAACAAAUUCCUGUUUCAACAGCAUUUCGUUUACAACCCAGUCGUUCACAACCUGGCAGUGUUGAAGUACGCCUGUUGCGUAAAUUACCCGCACCAAUGAAUAUCCUCAUUUCUGUUCAUGUAACAAUAUCAAAAGGUGAAGUGGAGAUUGCUCAUGCUGUAACCAAACUAUAUCUAUUUGUAACACAAUCAUUCUCUGAACGAUUGAGAUUAGGCAGAAUAAUGCAGAAAGGAAUAAGUUAGAUAAUAUUUCCUUCCCUUUUUUUAUCUUUACCUCGUUGUCCUUCUCUCUUUCACCGUCAUUAUCAUCAUCAUCAUUAUUGUCGACAGUAUCCCUUUCCUGAUCAUUUUUUUGUUCCAGAAGUUUUCUUCAUCUUAACCAGAGAGAAAUUUUUUCUUUGACUGUUCUUCCCUAUCAUUAUUUAUUUUUUAAUUUCUGGAAAAAGAUACUACUUUGUCUUAAUUUAAUUUAAUUUUAUUAUGUACACAAUCAAAUUAGUACAGAGAUAUUAAUGAUGACAGCUAUUUUGACAAAAGUGUAUGAUUAUGUUGUCACUUAUGUUGAAGAGUAGUGACACACUGAUGAGGUAUAGUCCGCUUCCUGUUUUUUUUUCAGUGUUUUUCUCCUCUUGACAGAUAUGAGAACGCAAGUACAUUUAUAUACACAUAAAAAUACUAGUACACUUUAUACACGCAUAUGUAUCUUCUUUCCUUUUUCUGCGCUAACAUGGAUAAUGAUGUUAUCAUUACAUGCUUUGAAUCUAAUUAAUCGAUAAAUUAUGUUGUAUUGAUUAUAUGCACACACAUAAACAUAUAGAAAUAUUCACAUGCGCAGUCGAUAUAUAUAUAUAUAUAUAUAUAUAUAUAUAUAUAUGAACAAGUAUUUUCCCUACUGUUACUCAAUAACUUUAAACACUGUUUUCUUUUAAAGCGCCACAUUUUCAAAUUUGUUUGCAUAUUGCAACAGCAAAAUAAAACAUGCAAUUCUACUGAUGAUUAUAUAAUUGUAUUUUAGGCCGAAACAAUUUUUCUUUGUAAAAGAUAAAUGUAGGUGUAAUGCCA